CAGAUGUGAACGCCGGUGCUGCCACCUGGCAGAACUCCGCGGCACCUCUCACACCUCGCGUCGGCUGCUACGCGACCAGACGUGUGGCGGCAGCAGGCAGCUACUGUAGGUGUUCAUAGGGCGGAGCAUGCUGGUGCUGCUCUUGCUGACCGUAGCGACGAGUCUCAGGGCGGCUGCCGGCUUGGAGUGUCCGCUGACGCCGAAGAACGUCAGCUGCAGCGACCAGAUGCCCCACUUGGAUCUCGACCCAGAAGACUGUAUUGUGGAAUACUACCUGAGGAACAGCAGUGAGUGCGCUGCCCUGGACCUGCGGGGCGAGAGCUGGGCGCGCCGCUUGGGCGCCGUCCGCAUGCGGCCCUACGUGUGGACGGACGACGAGGGCACGCCCGUCACCGCCUUCAACGUCAGCUUCCUGGACGUGCGCUGGAGCCGUGAGUACGCCAAGGCGCCGCGCCGCGCCGCUUAUACACGGCGGCCCUCUCUCUGCGCGCUGACCGAACUCUUCACUGAGCAGCAUGAGGGAUGA